UAGAAAAGUUGAAGUCAAUAUACGUGCAGCCUUCAACUAGAAUGCCACACCGCAUGGACAAAUCAACGCGGCCAACUUUGGACCCAUUCUAAGAGGAUUCACCUAUAUAACACACCAACGUUGCGUUGCCACAAGAAUGGAACAGCUCAGGAUAUCUCUCAUCAACAACACGAUGGCGUCACCUUCUCCGUCUUCCACAGUGAUCCAGAUGCCUCCAAGUCCACACACCAACGGCGGGACAGCGGGCUUGGCUCCGGCCACGCCCGAGGACGCCGGCGAUGUGCCAACCACAGCGCCCGCAGCAGCUGCUGGACCAGCAGCCAGCCCGACCGACAAGGUCAUGUCGAGCGCCGCGAACCUCGCGCAGCUGCUACCGACGGGCACGGUGCUGGCGUACCAGGCGCUGUCCCCGUCCUUCACCAACCACGGCAAGUGCUUCUCCUCCAACCAGUGGCUCACCGCGGCGCUGGUGAUCAUCCUCACCAUCUCGUGCAUCCUCUUCACCUUCACCGACAGUGUACUUGGCCGCGACCAGAAGCUCUACUACGGCAUCGCCACGCCGCGCGGUUUCAACGUGUUCAACUUCUCGGACGAAGAGGAGAGGCAGCAGUGGACUCCCGCUGAGUUCCGCAGGCUCCGCAUCCGGCCGCUGGACUUCGUGCGCGCCAUCUUCACGGCCCUGGUGUUCCUCACCGUAGCUUUCAGCGACGUGGGGCUGCAGAACUGCUUCUUCCCCAACGCUGGCAUGGACACCCAGGAGCUUCUCAAGAACCUGCCUCUGGGCAUUGCGUUUUUGUCCAGUUUUGUGUUCAUGAUCUUCCCCACAAAAAGGAAGGGCAUCGGCUACAGCGACACCACCCCUCGCCAAAAGCUCACUUGAUGUUAAUAUCAGUUGUUUCUGAACAGUUAGAUAGAUUAGAGUAUACCGUAAAUCACCAUAUAUAGUUACUGUAACUUUGAUGUUUAGGUCACUUGUUUUUUAAGUUAAAAUGUAGUGUAAUCGCGGUAUAGGAGGAGAUCUGGUAUAGGACUAGUAUUACUUAUUACAUUUCUUUGGUAAAUACUUGUGUAUUGUUUAAUUUAUUCAUGCCAAAUUUAUUGAAACCAUUUGGUGGGCAGAUGCCCUUGUUCGCUGCAGAUGUUAUGUUUAUCUUUCAAUUAGAGAGAAAAGGCAUGUAUGUACCUUCUUGCAUAAAAAGAAUAAUUGACGAAGUUUGCUGAAAGUCUACCUAAACUCCUAAUUACCGAAGCCUGAAGUAUUUGAAUUUACCA